UUUCAGGAAGUAGAUACCUUGUGUACUGUCUGCUUAAGUAGGAAGGUCGGCAGUGGUUGGGUUUUACCAAAAAUUCAAAUCAUGUUACGUUUUAACUUUAUUCUGCUUUGUUGAUUUUUUUUUGUAUUGCUGAACGAAAAUAACUUAUUUUUAAUUUUCUUUUUAACCGCAAGUGGAGUCUAGUCAGAGACACAGUAGCACUGGACUGGAUCUUCCCUGGGAGUUUCUGAACCACAUGAGAUGCUUCAAUCAUGGGUCAGAAACCAGCAGCAGGUACUGACAGAAGCAUGCACCAGUUCUUCAGAAUUUCUUCCCUAAUCAUGUCUGUGUUGGUGCUGAUACUUUUCCUCACAAUGCUCAUUUAUACAAAAUUUAUCAUGCCGAGCAGUUUACUUCCUGUUAUGAAAAUUAAGAAGCACAGUGGUAACUGGCACUUGAAUCUCACACCACCGGAAAAGCUAAGCUUUCUGUCUCCAUACAGAGAAAUCUGGAUUAAUGAAAAAAAUAAUUGCAGCUGUAACAUUGGGGCACCAUUACCUUUAACAAAGACUUAUGAUCAGAAAGACAUGCUAGCAAUCGAAAAAAGAAGAAAAAUACAAUUUGAACAACACAGAAAGAGGAAUGAAUCACCGUUGAAGAACAUAAUCAUAGCUCAACCCAAUUCCCCACUAAGCUAUCCCAUCCAUGGAGCUGAAGUAAUGCCACUCCAGUCAAUUGUCAUUCCAGGUUUAAGUGUGUUUGCAAUCGAAAGAGAGGAGUAUACGGUGAAACUAACAGUUACGCAAGGAGUAUUUAACACAAUUGCUGAGGUCCCACAGGGUGUGCUGAAAGGUUUAGGUGACAAAGAAUUAACAAUAACAAGCCCACACUUGGAACUCAUCAAUGCCGUACUUAAAUAUAUUACUUACACAAGCAAAAAAUAUCACAUCGAUACAGUAGAUAUAGUGUCUUUUCAGUUUGAAGAGCAUGUUGCUGAAUUUCCGAUUAUUAUCAGGCAGCCCCCAAUGCCACGGUUGUUUGAUCCCGGUCCAGACAAUGACAUCAGUUCCUUGGUAACCAUUACAACAAAGACAUUUUUAAGAUAUCAUAAGCUUCGAAUCUUGAUAGACAGCAUUCGGAGAUUUUACCCAAACAUGAUGAUAAUCAUUGCAGACGACAGUGAAGUUCCUGAAAAAAUUGAAGGACCCCACAUCGAACAAUACAUCAUGCCAUUCGCAAAAGGAUGGUUUGCUGGAAGAAAUUUGGCAGCUUCUCAGGUCACAACUAAAUACCUUCUUUGGGUGGAUGAAGAUUUUUUAUUCACAAAAGAUACAAAAGUGGAAAAGCUGGUGGAAGUAUUGGAAAACACAAACUUGGAUGUGGUUGGAGCCUCAGUGAACGGCAAUCAAUUCCAGUUUAAGUUGUGGUAUGAGAAAGGAAAUGAUGAUGAUGGAGACUGCUUGUUUUCCAAGCCUGGUUCCUUUCAUGCAUUGGAUGGAUUCCCAAACUGUCAUCUAACCAGUGUUGUGGUGAACUUCUUUCUGGCCAAGACAUCAAAGAUACUAAGUGUUGGAUUCGACCCUCGAUUGGCAAGGGUAGCUCACCCAGAGUUUUUCAUUGAUGGACUUGGCAGACUGCUUGUGGGGUCGUGCAAUGAUGUCAUCGUUAGCCAUCAAACAACAAUGAGUCCAUCAAAUAAUACGCUGAAAGCAAUUGAAGAAAAAUAUGCCAAAUACCGAAGACGGGCUCAAUGGGAAACAGAUCUGAAGCAUCGUCUACAUUAUUUCAAAAACCACUUAAAAUGUUAUAGCAAGAUUUAAUGUCUGUGGUUGAAUACAAUCUCAGGUUUCCUAUACUGCUAACUCUACCUCGCUCAACCCCACCACAUUGUCAGACUACUUCAUUGACAUCUAUUCCAGGAUUAACAGAAAUUUCAUGCAAUUAAAGUUAUAUUUAUUCUUUCAUGGAAUGUGGGCUUCACUGGUUACCUAUCCCUAAUUGCCAUUGAGAAGGUGGUGAGCUGACUUCUUGAACCACUAUAGUCCAUCUGCUUAACAUCAGCAAGAUAAUGCUAUUUUCCUUCAUUCCUGACAUAAGCACCAUCGCCUAGCCACCAAUUCUAUCAUCCCACCACCUUCCCCCCUCAGUCACUGCUCCAACGAACUGCUCAUAAAUGUGGUGUCCUAUUUGAACAUAGCUCAGUUUCUAACCACAUGCCCUGUCAAUCACCAACAUUUCCUAUUUCCACACUUUCCCCUUCAUCACCUGCUGAAACCCUCAUUCAUACUUUCAGCUUUGACUGUCCAAAUAUUCUGCAGACUGACUUCCCAUCUUCCACCUUCCUUAAACUUGAGCUUAUCCAAAAUUCUGUUGGCUAUAUUCUAAUAUACACCAAGUCCUGUUUAUCCAUCAGCCCUAUACCCACUAACCUAUAUUGGCUCUUGGUGCACCAAUUCCUUAAUACUAAAAUCCACAUCAUUGUUUUUAAAAUCCCUCCGUGGCCUGACCCCUUCCUAUCUCUGUAACCUCCUUCACCUCACCAACCCUCCAAGAAUCCUCCAACUCUGCCCUUUUGUGCAUCUGCCAACACUUUUUUUGCUUUACACUGUCAGCUGUACCUUCGACAUUACGAUCACUAAACUCUGAUUUUCUCUUCCGAAAUUGCUUCUCUUAUUUAAAAUCUAGACACCUUCUCUGGUGUCCUCUUGUUUAACUUGGAGUCGCAUUUUGUUUCGUAAGGUUCAUAAGAAGUGUAUCAGGGCAUUUUAUUGUGUUGGCUACUAUAAAAAUAAAAAUUGUUGUUGAUACCUGAUUAUACUUCGUUGAAGCACUUUGAGAUACGGUAUAUGCAUAUAAUA